CUUUUCCCACUCUCUCUCUCCACACACUGAUUUCUUCUAUUCUCUUUCAACAAAAUGGGAUUUGGCAGAGAAGAUAAUCACACAGCUGUUCAAAGUGUUCUUCAACUCCUCAACAAACAAUCUCCACUUUCUCUCAAACAGGAGAAAUUCUGCAACACUGCAUGCGUGGAGAGGUUUCUCAAAGCCAAAGGCCAAAGUGUGAAGAAAGCAGCAAAACAUCUCAGAAAUUGCCUUUCUUGGAGAGAUUCCUUUGCCACUGAUCAUUUGAUGGCUGAUGAAUUCUCCCAUGAGCUUGCUGAAGGAAUGGCCUAUGUUGCUGGUCAUGACCAUGAACUAAGACCUGUCAUGAUUUUCCGAAUAAGGCAAGAUUACCAGAAAUUCCAUUCACAGAAACUAUUUAAUCGGUUGCUAGUGUUUACACUGGAAGUGGCAAUUCAAACCAUGGCAAAAAAUGUUGAGCAAUUUGUCAUCCUCUUUGAUGCAAGCCUUUUCAGAUCAGCAGGUGGGAUUAUGAACAUGUUGGUUGGAAGUCUGAAAAUCAUAGCCGAUUAUUACCCAAGAAGGCUUCACAAGGCUUUUGUGAUUGAUCCUCCAUCUCUCUUCUCUUAUUUUUGGAAGGGAGUGAGGCCAUUCGUGGAGCUUUCGGGAAUCACAAUCACGGUAUCAACGGCAGAGUGGGAAGAAUCACUCGGAUUUGACGCAUCGCCACCACCCUCGAGAAGACUAGGGUCGUCGUCGUCAAGAUUCUCCUUCACCGUCUCCCAUCAUUUGGAUUCGCGAAAACCGUGGUAUCUUUCGCUGUCGUCAGAGUCAAAAUCAUCGGCCGGGCGGAGGAUCUCUCACCUCAACGCUAGGUCUCUCUCCUUCGCAUCAACGCCCGCGAUCUCUCCCGGGUCUCUAUCGUUCGCAUCGACGCCGAUGCUGUCGUCACUGUUUUCGAGGCGGGGCCGAGCGGAGCGAAGCAGCGAAUCGUUUGCGCCGUUUGUAAGGUUUUACCGACGGCCCUAUUGCGAGAUCAUUUAUAGGUCAAAGAUCAUCAUCAGGCGCUCACAGCAUGUCUCUCAUUCUCAACGCUUUUCGUCGCAAAUUUGAUUUCUAAUUAAUUGUAUAAGCAAUACAGAUUUCAUGUUUUGGUUCUGAUUUCAUAUAUAUGGUAGCUUGAUUAAAGAUUUA